GCCUCGUUCGCCCGCACGAUGAUUUUGCCGUCCAGCUGCCGGUCGAUCCACCGCUCCCGAACGGUUGCAGCGUCGCCAACCAGCACGUCCACCUCGAUCCCCAGAUUCUCCCGCCACAUGUCGGCGAUCAACUGCGCCUGCUCCGGCAGGAACGGUACGUCCCCCGCCUUCCAGGUGUGAAUCUCCAGUGUCCCAAAGCCUUCGCCCCCGGGGUAGCCCGCGUCGGCCAGCAACUGCUGCGCUUUUUCGGGGUCGAAGGGGAAGGGGUCCAGGUCUUCGCUGUAGCCAAGGGAACUGGGUGUGGCAUGAACCCAGCCUCGCGAUACGGCGGCAUCGGGGCCGUAAAGUUCGUCAAUGAUCAAAUCCUUGUUGAUUGCGUA